AUGGCGAACGUUGCUCUCAUUGGAGGCACCGGCAUGGUGGGCUCCCACAUCCUCACCUGCCUGCUUUCCAACCCUGCCAUUAGUCGCGUCGACACCAUCUCCCGCCGUACGCCCAACGCAGCUGCCGAAGCGCCGCAGAGCAAGCUCACCACCUUUGUCUCCGGCGACACCGCCACAUGGGCCUCCCAGCUCCAGGCCCUGACCCCCACACCCGGAAUCUUCAUCUCCGCAUUCGCAACCACUCGUGGCGCCGCUGGUGGCUUCGAUAACCAGUACAAGAUCGAGCAUGGGCUGAACGUUGAGCUGGCGCGUACCGCGCAACAGGCUGGCACCAAGGUUUACGUGCUGAUCUCGUCAGCCAAUGCGAACAAGGCUUCUAACAUUGCCUACUCGCGCAUGAAGGGCGAGAUUGAAGAAGACGUGAAGGCGCUCGGCUUUGAGCGGACUGUUAUUCUUCGCCCCGGUCUGAUUUCUGGUACCCGGGAGGAGAGUCGUCCCCUGGAAGCUGGAAUUCGGUUCAUUGCUGGUUGGGCUGGCAAGGUGCACUCCGGCUUGAAAGACGGCUGGGCCCAGGAUGCCGAUGCUAUCGCCAAGGCGGCGGUCAACGCUAGCUUGAAGGCGUUGGAAGGUGAUGUCCCUGAAGGCAAGGAUAAGGUGUGGAUUAUCGAAGGUCGGGAAAUUCUUCAGCUCUCAAAGGAGUAG